GCCGAUUUCAUCAGUAUAUUAAUUUUCCCUUCGCACGCGAGGGAAAAAAUUAGACCGAAGCUUCUAAAAACCUGGGAAAGCUGUUAAUCUAGUCUUUCUGGUUGCAUAGCCAAGUGCGCUUUUGAAUUGAGUGGUUUAUCCGCUGGAACUAAACCGAACGAGAACGAGGAAUUACAUCGAUUGCUUACAGCUUGAGGUGACGCAAGUUGGUCUGAAGGACCGCGUGUACUGGGAGUCGUUUGUGUCAUAUCAAACAUUGCAAAUGUUGUCAGCACAUAAAGUAGCCCAUUUAGUGGUGAAAUGGUACUAAAAAGCCCUGGCCUGCCAAAGUGGUGGAGUUUUACUGCGAACUGCAACGUCAACACUACUAAUCUCUUACUAAAUCAACCAUAUCUUACUCUCCAAACUCAAGCCAUUUACGUCCUUGCAUUUUUGGUGCUUGCAUGCUGUGGUGAAUACUGAGCUCGGAAUUGGUUCAAAUAAGCGUAUUGUAUAUUCUCUGUGCCUACAAAGUUAAGCUCCAUCCAUAUGCAAUAGAGUUUUAUCCUUGACUUGGAUCAAUAGUGCGUUAAUUUUGCUUUGGAUGCAACCAGGGUCGAAAAGAAAGAAAAGUGACUAAGCAUACGGCAAGGUUCAAAGGAUUUUUUUUCAAGUCGUUCUAAAGUGUGUGUUGUUUUGGAAGAUGUCACUUCAUAUUGGUGUACUUGUAGUAUGGAUUAGCUUGAUGCUUCACACCACCGAGGCUAUCCGAUGGCUGGCAAUCAGCCAUGACUCAAACGACGCGUGGGUUACGAAAGACUGCCAUAAGAGACAGGGCUUCGUCGGAAAACAGUACAACAUGUGUCGUAGAAAUCUACCUAUCAUGAAAUAUGUGGCUGAAGCCGUGGAAAUGACGCGGGAGGAAUGUAUGCACCAAUUACAAGGCCAUCGAUGGAAUUGCUCAAGUAUUUCCAGAGCGCCAACAUUUCUAGCAGACCUUAAGCGAGGAACAAAAGAGGCAGCAUUUGUGUAUGCGCUCUCUGCUGCAGCAGUAUCCUACACAGUGACUCAUGCUUGCAGCACAGGAAAACUAGACAGUUGUGGCUGUGGACGCGACCCGAAACUAAAGCUGAAAAGAUCCAAUUGGAAGUGGGGUGGAUGCAGUGAUAAUAUAGCAUAUGGCACGAGAUUUAGUUCGAAAUUCACYGAGGCUGUGGAAAAACACAGAAUGAAGAAGAACCGAGACAAAGGGACUAACGCAGCAUUAAUGAAUUUUCACAAUACAAAUGUAGGAAGAAGGGCCGUGCGCGAUAACAUGGAGAUCAUCUGCAAGUGUCUUGGGGUUUCAGGCUCCUGUCAAACUAAGAUUUGCUUUCGACGCCUGAGCGAGUUUAGGAAAGUUGCAACGCACCUGAGGAAGAAAUACGAGAAAACUAUUCUGGUAGCCAACAAAAAAGUCAAGUCAAAUCGGAAUAAGAGAAUCAUGAAGCUCAAAAUGGGCCAACAACGCUACUCUACAAAAGAUCUUAUAUCACUGGUAAAUUCUCCAAAGUACUGCGUCAAAAACCUAAGAAAAGGAUCUUACGGGACAAGGGGAAGAAUAUGUAACCCCAAGAAACGUCGUGGAAAAGGAAGUUGUAAAUAUAUUUGCUGCAAUCGUGGUUACAGGACAAAGACAGUGAUUAAGAAGAUAAGGUGCGAGUGUCGGUACGUUUGGUGUUGCACCGUCAAGUGUAAAACCUGUACAGUUAGUGAAAGAGUCAGUCGAUGUAAGUAAAGUGAGUAACUCUUAAUGUACAAACGACACAGACUAGCCCUUUGGAAGCAAUUACUGGUGCCAGUUUAUUGUAGAAGAACAAACUUGAUCUGAGAAUCAAUGAUGUACAUAUAUCUUACGCGUCAGUAGCCGACGUUUUGUCACAAAUGUAAAGCUUGUAUUUGAAAAAUAUCAGAAUCUGAAUCAGAUAUUAUCACGUUAUCACGUCGCACACUGCACCCUGGACAAUAAAGGUUAUUUUGUCUAUCGAUGCCUGGACAGCCAUUUAUACGUUUGCUAACGUUGUGGUCACGAAAAUGUGCUGAUUACAAUUAACACCAAAAGGUUUGGAUAUGGAAAGUAUAGGCAGGAACCAGGCAAUUAACUUAACCAAGGCAAGUUUUUAAACAGCUUUUGAAAAGGGCGUGAAAACGUUCGUGGAACAGUUGAAUAUAUUAAAAUAUUAUUCACAGCUGUGAUAGAUCACGGAUCAUAGACAGCAUCAUCGCUUAUCCGUAAUUCUAGUGUAUAAAUUACAUGAUGAAAAAAACUUUUGUUUUUCUUUUUCCAUUCUACACAUUCUUGUCAAAUGCUAGUUAUGCUUUGGCCUUUUUUAUUCGCUCUUUCUGAACACUAUUUCUCUAGCUUUUUGUCCACUUUUUUAUUCUUCAUGUUUUAGUUACGGGAUUUUUACUUGUAAGAGUAAUAAUUUAUCUUCAAAGAAUAGAAUAACGUCGUCCAUUCGGCUCUUACGAUAUGCUAUACAACUCUUUGACCAGGGCAAAAGGAAGGACGCUUCUGUGUAUUAUAGUGUUCAUGAAACGUCAUUGCUGUCACCAUGUUGGAUGCCAUUACCAAAAGAUUCGUGAUUGGUUUUGUUUGUCAUCGAACCUGGCAGCCAUGCCGUUUUAUGGGUUGUUUCCAUAACAAGAAUUGUCCUGGACAAAGUUUUUUCAAAGCAUCAAUGCAUCCACAAUUCUUGAUAUAUUAUUUAUUUAUUAUACGCUACAAGGCAAAGGCAUUUAUGCAUUUUGUCCGAUUAACUUAUCUUAUUGGAAGUAAUUAAAAACUUGUUACUUAAUUUGUUGAAAUAAACUAAGAAAAAAAUUA